CGGGCAUUUUCAAUAUGUCAGCCUCCAUGAGUGAAAAGUAGAAGUUGCUGCAUUUGGUCAAAACACAACUACUGUGUGUCUGUUGAUUCUCCAUUUACCAUACAUAGAGAAGUUGUUGGGGUGAUUGUGAAGAUGUACACACUGUUCUCUGGUCUGUGGAAGUACAUGUUCCAGAAGGAGGAGUACAAUGUUCUUAUUCUGGGACUAGACAAUGCAGGGAAAACAACCUACCUGGAGCAGACAAAGAUGAAGUUCACUAAGAACUACCAGGGAAUGAACCUGAAUAAAAUCACCACAACAGUUGGCUUAAAUAUUGGCACGAUUGUUACCAGCGGGGUGAAACUGAAGUUCUGGGAUCUCGGAGGACAGGAGGAGCUACAGUCUCUCUGGGAUAAGUACUAUGCUGAGUCCCAUGCGAUCAUCUACGUCGUUGAUUCGUCUGACAAGGAGAGGAUUGAUGAAUCGAAGGAGGCAUUUGACCUGAUGAUAAAGAAUGAGAUGUUAAAGGACGUGCCUCUUCUUUUACUGGCCAACAAACAGGACCUUCCAGAGGUAGUGACAGUGGGUGACAUUAAGUCCGUGUUCAACAGCAGUAGGGAGCUGAUAGGCCACAGAGACUGCAGAGUGAAUGGGGUGUCGGCGCUGAAAGGGGAUGGGAUCAACACAGGCAUUGAGUGGCUCGUAGAAUGUAUGAAGAGGAACAGCUUUGUUCGUCCACCAGUUCAGAAAGACAUCACCUAAGCUAAGGAAAACCUGUGUUCAUGUUUAACUAACAAACAUGUGUAAUCAUGUUUGGAUAAUGAUCAUGUUUAGUCAAUGAUCAUGUUUGAUUAACGUUACUAUGAUUGUUUUGUGUUCAACUUUUGUGAUACUUGUAUAAAGGGACCUGUUCAUUAAGGGACUUGAGUGGGGUAUUUAUUUCAUUGUUAUAAAGAUGUAUGUAUAUAAUGUUUCAGUGCAAUAACAUGCAUAUUGAAAUUA